GUGGCAGUGAAGCCUGCGCCGUGGACCAUCAGAGGUGAGAGCGGAGUCCUGCUCUCCGUGCUGUGAGUUUUCCCCGGGCUUGCACUUGCACCAUCCGGCUGUAACCAUGGUCCAAACGUGUUCAGCGUAUGGUUGUAAGAACAGGUACCACAAAGAUAAAGACAUCUCUUUUCACAAGUUUCCACUGGCCCGACCCGAUGUUUGUAACAAAUGGGUGACUGCCAUGAGAAAGACCAACUUCAAACCAACCAAAUACAGCAACAUCUGCUCACAGCACUUUACCAAAGACUGUUUCAAAAGAGAGUGCAACAACAGAGUGCUGAAAGAAAAUGCUGUGCCGUCACUUUUCACGUUCAACCUCAGCAUCAAGUCAGAGUCCCUGGAUCCCUUCCCCACAGAUCUCCACUUCCCUCUGUCUCUCCCUUUAACCACCGACCCACCGGAGGAGGAGGAAGAGGGUGAUCCUUGCAGGAGUUUAGUCGACAUACGCAGUGACACAGCCUCCGUUACUUGUGAUCACAACUACACCGCCGAGGACUCGGCGCAGCAGAAGAAGCAAAUCGAACAGCUGGAGGAGCAAGUGGCGCAUUUAAAAAAGAAGCUGAAGUCUGCACAGCAAAAGUGUCGCAGACAGGAGAGAACGAUCCAGAGGUUGAAGGCGGCCUGUAAGACAAACAUGGCUGACGUGAACGCGCCGGCUACAUUCAGCAAGGGAUACGUCAUACUUCGUUCCUCGGAGUCGGUGGCCAACUUGUGAACUUUUAAAACAAAUUGCUGAGGGAGUUGUUUUAUUUCUUAUUACACAGCAGGUGACCGGAAUAGUGAAUUAAUUUUCACAACAAUUCAAAUUAUUCUUAUUUAGUAUGUGAACUGAGUUUGUUUGCUGUUAUUAGCAAGUGUUGUUACUAUAUAUCUGGCUGCAAACUGGACCCUCACACUUGACUGUACAUGUCAAAGCCUCGAUGCUCAAGUCCACAACAAUUCUUUAGCCAUUAAGUGGCUGUUUUCUUUGCCUUAAAGGAAAAUAAAUUGUUGAAAACACA